UUAUGCAAAGUAUUAGCAUAGUUUAUACAUAAACCAAACAAGGCCUUAAUACCCGUCCGUCAAUAUAGUUCCGUAGUCCCUGAAUAGUUGGGGAUCCUCUGAUUCUGUAGUUUUCGAGAUUCUUGAGAGAAUCGUUUGGAAUUUCAAGAUUCUUGAAUUUUUGGUUGACAAUUUUUCAUGGAAUUUGGAAUUUUUGAAAACCAAUUAAGCCAUUUGAAUCCACCCUUUACAAGAAUUCUGGGUUUCAGACGAAGCCCAGAUGUGAUUUUGAGAAUGGAAAUGGAAAGAUCAAUGUCUCUUUUUCAGAUGAUGGUAAAUGAAGGUUUAGUGCCAUCUGCAGAGGAGGAAAUGAAGAGGAGAAAUGCUAUCGACAAGCUUAAAAAGAUAGUAGUGGAAUGGGUUAAAACGGUGACUUAUCAGCGAGGUCUUCCAAAAAAAUACCUUAAGUUUGCCUCUGGGACAAUAUUGACAUAUGGAUCGUAUGGUCUAGGGGUUUAUAAUUCAGAGUCAGAUAUUGAUGCUUUGUGUGUUGGUCCCUACUUUGCCACUAUAGCUGAAGAUUUUUUCAUCGUUCUGCAUAACAUGCUUGCGAGCAGGCCUGAAGUAUCGGAAAUCCAUUGUGUCAAGGAUGCAAAAGUUCCUCUGAUGCGAUUCAAAUUUGAUGGGAUAUCCAUUGAUCUUCCCUAUGCACGACUCAAAGUAAUAUCCAUCCCUGAGAAUGUGGAUGUUUUCAAUCCAUUCUUUCUGAAGAAUAUCGAUGACACGACCUGGAAAAGUUUGUCUGGUGUGCGUGCCAAUAGGAGCAUUCUUCAUCUUGUGCCAAACAUAGAGAUAUUCCAAGCAGUGCUGCGUUGCAUCAAAUUUUGGGCCAAAAGACGAGGAGUUUAUGGAAAUUUGCUUGGAUUCUUUGGAGGAAUUCACUUGGCAGUGCUUUCAGCGUUCAUCUGCCAAAGGCAUCCAUCCGCCAGCUUAAGCGCACUCAUUUUACUUUUCUUCAAGACAUUUGGCUUAUGGCCUUGGCCAACUCCGGUAAUAUUGCAAGAGACUAUAGCUCGGCCAUUCAUCCCCGCCGAUAAGGUUUCGUGGAUGCCAAUCCAGUUACCGUGUAGCCCAUACGAAUUUUGUCAUUCCAACAUUACCAGAAGUACAUUCUAUAAAAUCAGGACAGAGUUCCUAAGAGGGCAUAUGCUGACAAAGGAUAUGUUGAGGCCAGAUUUUGAUUGGAAUAUCCUUUUUGAGCCAUUUCCUUAUGCAAGAAGAUACGGACUAUUCGUCAAAAUUUUCCUCUCAGCUUGUGACAAAGAUGAGUUAGGAGACUGGGUUGGUUGGAUCAAGUCACGCUUUCGCUCUUUACUGGUCAAGCUGGAGGAGUUACUAGGUUUUUGCGACCCCAACCCGACUGAAUAUGUUGACACAGAUGCAUCAGAGCCUAAUGUCAUAUUCUACUGGGGAUUACCAACUGGUAGAAGCGAUCUAAUAGACGCUGAUCUUGUGGAGGAAUACUUUUUGAAGAGCAUUGACAAUGGAUAUCAAGGCGCAACUGGAAAGAUGAAGUUAUCGGUCGUGAAAGCAAAUCAGUUGCCUAAAAAAGCUCAGUUUGCUUUCGAACGAAAGAACACUAAGCCAUGCUGGAGGGUUGUCGAUGACAAUCGCAAAAAAACUAAUCCACAGUCCAAGUAUAAGCCUCAUUGUGCUGAUAAAUAUUUGCCUACGAAUGAUAGUCCCGAGUACCCUAGCGCCGGAGGAUAGGCUGCUGGUGUUCUGUUUCUUUCUGCUUAACAUCUUUUGGUUGAUCUUGACACAGGUUUUGACACUGCAUAUAUUCGUCAAUUCACACAUACCGCGAAAAAAAACUUUGUACAUUUGAAUUGUGCUAUCUUUAGUACUCAUUUGACCCUCAACAACCAUGUAAAUGUUUUUUUUUUGCUACUAACUAGGUGAAGAAAAGUUGAAUACUGAUGUAAUGAAAAGGUUUAGUCAAUAAAAAUGAUCAAUAUACUGGUUUUUGUGAUUUUUGUACA